AUGCCUUGGAGGAUGAAGACCUUAACGCAAUACAAAGCGAUGCAAACAGAGACUGGUGAUUCUUUUGAGGACAGUUGUCCAGGUGAUUCAGGCUGCAGAUCUGAGCAAUGCCAACAAUUUGAACCCAGUUUUGGCGGCACUCUUUUUGGAGGUGAGGCUGAACACUCAGACACUGACUAUGGUUUUGAACAUGUUGGUGAAACAGUUUUGCAAGGUCACAAUGGUCUUGAUUUUUCGGGUGGUACAUCAGAACCUACAAAUUUUGUUGUGACUGGCUCUUCAACUUCAUUUGAAUUUUUGCGGAGUGCAGUCAGUGCUAGUGAAGAAUCGAACAGGGUCAGAUCAGAGAGGUCUGCUGACGCCUCCAACUUGGGGGCUGCACAGGUACCCAGAGGCCCGGUUUUGGACAAUGGGAACUUCUCACAGAUGCUGCAUGAUGCUUUCAUCAGAACUGCAGAGCCCAUGUCAGUGGUUAUGCCUUGGGAGAGAGGAGUUGCAAAGACAAUUUUUUCUAGAGGCCGUAACACCUUGGGUAUUCAAAAACAACAGUUGAGAAGUUGGGUUCAGACAGCUGACAGUUUGUCGGAAGAUACGGUCGCAUCGGAACCUAAGAUGGUGGAGGCACCCGGCAUGGCGCUGUCUGGAGCCCUAUUUGAAAGAGCUUUGUCUGUGGUGUCGGACCAGAAUUUUCUGGAAAAACGACAGGAGGCCUUGGAUGUAGCCAUAGACAAAUGGUUCAGCAUCAUCAGAAUCAACCUUUUAGGAUCUGAGGUUGGACAGACAAUCAUUGGACAUGGUGGGAACAUCCAAGAGCAGAAAUUGGGUGCUUACGAAACAAUCGAGGCAAUCAGCGGUGUCAGGUCGCGGACAACAGCCAUUUCAAGGGCAAACGCUUUGCUGAAAUUUUUCAGGUGGAGAGCUGACUUCACUGAAGACGAUGGCAAGCCGGUGACUGAGCAAGCCGCUUGGAACUACGUGGCAAGGCUUAGAUCCGAUGGUGCUGCCCCUACAAGGGCAUCCAGUUUUCUUGCUGCCUGCGGUUAUGCGUUGCAUGUUUUUGGGUUCAAAGAUUUUUACAGCGUGUACAACAGCAGAAGGGUGAGAGGACUUGCAGAGAUCAUGCAUUCUGGUAAGAGUCCACUCAAGCAGGCAAAGGUCCUUUCUGUUGCACAGGUGGUGGCCUUGCACAGUUUGAUGGAAAACAGAGCAGCAAAUUUCAUCGACAGGGCGCUUGCAGCAUACGCCCUCCUGGCCCUUUAUGGCAGGUGCAGACACAGUGAUUUGGCGUCGGUGGAUUGUGUAAUGUUGGACUUCGAUGAGAAAGGAGGAUUCAUCGAGAUAUCAACAAGGUUGCACAAGACAGCCAAAAGCGCAUCUCAAAAAUCCCAAUUGCUUCCAAUGGUCAUUCCGGCGAUUGGGAUCACGGGACAAGUUUGGGUGCAAGAGGCCAUCGACUGUGGCUUGAGUUUGGAGGGUGAAAUUCAAGGGCCUCUUUUUAGGCCGCCCAUGGCAGCUGGUGGAGGACUGUGCAAACGUGGUCUGACUUCGUCGGAAGUGACAAAGUUUCUGAGGCUCCUUUUUGAAAGCAACGAAACAAAUAUUGAUGGGCCACGAGUGGGAUACUUUGCAGAAGAAAGCAGACCUCAGCCGGAGAUUGAGGCCAGUGAGGUGGUGAAGGUGGAAGAAGAUUCACCCUCUCAAGAAGUGUCAAUAGGUAUCUUUGCGGCAGUGCAAGAUGGCGUCGCUCCUGGACUCAGUGCCAAAAGGCUUUUAUUCGAAUCGCAGACCAUGGUCCUAGCGGCAUUGCAGGAUUCAGUGAACACCCCGGACAGUACUUCCAUCAAGAAGGCAUUGCUGGAAGAGGGAGUGCAACCGAAGCGAGAUGAUGCAGGUGUGUUGGCCCUGGAUACCAAGCUUCUUAGCGCCUUGGAAAGCUAUCGAGUCUCCUUCAGCUUGCUCCCUCUGUUGGCAAAGAAGGAAUCAGCGCAAUCGUGUCAGGAACAUCAGCAGACGGAAGCUGGUCUGCGAGACAAGGAUCGUCGCCGGGUGUCAGCGGCGAACAAGCUCUAUGAGUUCUUAGCAGAAAUAAUCAAGGAACAAAAAACUGUCAUGGAGCAAGCGUGGGGUAUUCCCUUUAUGCCUGAGGAGUUCAUUCAAGAAGCUGUGAACAGAGGACAUCCAAAACUCAUCUCAACGCUUGUACCUCCUGUUCUAAUGGAAGCUGUUUUUCACAAUUUCCAUAAUGGGGACCUCAGCCAAUUACCACGGCUUAGAGCAGAGUGGUUCAGCAAAUGGACAGCCAGAGCCAACGAGCUUAAAGCGGAGGAGCUGCAGUGGAAGGCAAGCAUGCCGGAUCACAUUGCAAACAUUCUAAAACCAAAGCGGCUUCUUCUUUGGAAGGAAAUUUUGUUGGACAUUGGAUACCCAGAUGCAGAUGUGGUGUCGGAGCUUUCGAAUGGGACUGAGCUUGUGGGGGAAGUUCCUUCCUAUGGCAUUUUCGAAAAAACUUUCAAACCAGCAGAAACCACAGUGGAGUUUUUGGGCGUUUGGGAAAACUUUGCAUGA